GUCACGUGACGACUGGCCCCUCCUCUUCCUCUCGGUCCCAUAUUGAACUCGAGUUGGAAGAGGCGAGUCCGGUCUCAAAAUGGAGGUAAAACCGCCGCCCGGUCGUCCCCAGCCCGACUCCGGCCGUCGCCGUCGCCGCCGGGGGGAGGAGGGCCAUGAUCCAAAGGAACCAGAGCAGUUGAGAAAACUGUUUAUUGGUGGUCUGAGCUUUGAAACUACAGAUGAUAGUUUAAGAGAACAUUUUGAGAAAUGGGGCACACUCACAGAUUGUGUGGUAAUGAGAGACCCCCAAACAAAACGUUCCAGGGGCUUUGGUUUUGUGACUUAUUCUUGUGUUGAAGAGGUGGAUGCAGCGAUGUGUGCUCGACCACACAAGGUUGAUGGGCGUGUAGUGGAACCAAAGAGAGCUGUUUCUAGAGAGGAUUCUGUAAAGCCUGGUGCCCAUCUAACAGUGAAGAAAAUUUUUGUUGGUGGUAUUAAAGAAGACACAGAAGAAUAUAAUUUGAGAGACUACUUUGAAAAGUAUGGCAAGAUUGAAACCAUAGAAGUUAUGGAAGACAGGCAGAGUGGAAAAAAGAGAGGAUUUGCUUUUGUAACUUUUGAUGAUCAUGAUACAGUUGAUAAAAUUGUUGUUCAGAAAUACCACACUAUUAAUGGGCAUAAUUGUGAAGUGAAAAAGGCCCUUUCUAAACAAGAGAUGCAGUCUGCUGGAUCACAGAGAGGUCGUGGAGGUGGAUCUGGCAAUUUUAUGGGUCGCGGAGGAAACUUUGGAGGUGGUGGAGGUAAUUUUGGCCGUGGUGGAAACUUUGGUGGAAGAGGAGGCUAUGGUGGUGGAGGUGGUGGCAGCAGAGGUAGUUAUGGAGGAGGUGAUGGUGGAUAUAAUGGAUUUGGAGGUGAUGGUGGCAACUAUGGCGGUGGUCCUGGUUAUAGUAGUAGAGGGGGCUAUGGUGGUGGUGGACCAGGAUAUGGAAACCAAGGUGGUGGAUAUGGUGGAGGUGGUGGAGGAUAUGAUGGUUACAAUGAAGGAGGAAAUUUUGGCGGUGGUAACUAUGGUGGUGGUGGGAACUAUAAUGAUUUCGGAAAUUAUAGUGGACAACAGCAAUCAAAUUAUGGACCCAUGAAAGGGGGCAGUUUUGGUGGAAGAAGCUCGGGCAGUCCCUAUGGUGGUGGUUAUGGAUCUGGUGGUGGAAGUGGUGGAUAUGGUAGCAGAAGGUUCUAAAAACAGCAGAAAAGGGUUGAAUGAGAACCCUACUUGCCUAAAUGAGGAAUGUCUUUCCUACCAUCUAAAAUACGAAGGUUUCUGGCUGGGUAAGGUUUGUAGUUGACAGUAAAACCUGAUGACACCAUUUGUUUCCCUGCAAGUCUACAUUACAUAUUUCACAACUUUGUCCCUCUCUAGUAGGACAUUGGUAAAAUUCUUCAACUGAAAACUACCUUGGCACCAUGCCCUACACAUUUUAAACCUUAGUUAAAAAUUGCCCUGCAAAAUAGCCAUAAGUAUUCAUAUCAAGUCAGUUGUGACCCCUUGUGUAUACAAUUCAUUAUUAGUGUCUUUAGGGUAAACUCAAUUUUUGGUGAAAGAAAGUAGCUUCAGCUUUCGUGAAAACCGUUUUUGUGUGUAAGCAUGACACACAACAGACUCAGUAAGCUGCCAAUCCUCAUACUAGGAAAACACCUUCAAAGGAACAUUAAAAGUUACCAGGGCCAGGCACAGUGGCUCACGCCUGUAGUCCCAGCAGCACUUUGGGAGGCCGAGGCAGAUGGAUCCCGAGUCCAGGAGUUUGAGACAAGCCUGGGCAACAUAGCGAGAGCCUGUCAACAAAAAAUAGAUUAGCUGGGCUUGGUGAUACACAUCUGUAGUCCCAGCUACUUGGGAGACUGAGGUGGGAGGAUGCCUUGAUCUCAGGCAGUCGAGGCUACAGUGAGCUGACUGCCCCACUGUAUUCCAGCCUGGGUGACCCCCUCUCAAUAAAGAAAAGUUACCAGAUGUCAUGGAUAAAGGUUGGUCUUCAAAUGGCCUCCCAAGUUCUCUUGCAUAUAAAUUCAGGGAAUUCAUUGGACCAAUAGGUUACAUUUUCGUUCCUUUUUUUGUUUUGGUUCAUCUGUUAAGCAGUGGGGGCCUGAUUAGUGCUCCCUUGUAAAAACAUUUUCCCAAAGAAUACUGAAUUACUGUUCAAACUGGUUGUUGAUGGGUAAUAAGGGCUGUUUUUGCUGCCCCAAAAGGGCUUAACAAUUUAGGUGGUUAGUUUACUUAAAAAAAUCCUUUGGAGACAAAUACUGAAAAUGCAAACUAGUUUCUAAAUUAUCAGUUCUCUACAUGAAGAAGCAGUUUGCCAGUGUUUAGUCUCAAAAAAAUGACUGGUUGACUAUCUAAAUCAGGACCCAAUUUCUACGUGUGUUGAAUAAGGUAACAGCCUUUGAUGAAUUUCCUUCACAACAUGGUUUUAGUGAAGCAAACAUUUUUAUUUUUUAAGGGCAUUGUUCUUUCUAGUUUAUUUCUUUUUAUGAAAUAAAAGUAUUUUAUUUAAACAGUUCCAUUGUCGUUUCUGAAAACUAUUCUCAAGUUGUAGGAGCAGUAAAAAAAAAAAAAAGUUGUUAUAUAAGUGAUUGGGGCAGAUUUAACUGAUUUUGUUAAACCAAUUUGUAAGUUACUGCUUCUAAUAUUACACUUCUAAAAAGCUGAAUUUAUACUCAUGUCCUAAAGGAGAAUAUGUGGUAAUAAAGUAUAUUUGUUAAGUAACUAAUUGAAAUAGGCUUGGUUUUAAGAGUUCCAGUAUAUAAUAGUCACAAAUUGAAACCUGACAGUAUCUUGGGAGUUCCAGUAAUGUCACAAAUUAGUGAAUGAGCAUGCCAGUGUGCAAGGGUAAUGUAAGGAUUGUUAGCCUAUCUAAAUACUCGAAAUUACUUUAAAACUUCAGUAUGUUUUCUGAUUUUUAAGAAUUCAGAAGUGUUCUGUAAUGGAUUCAGAUGUUUCAUUUGUAGUAUAAUGAAAUGUUUACAGAAAGAUAACUUUUUCAUUAAAAUAUUUUUAGAAAUGUG